AUUGCUAGACCAGUUUCGGGUUACUGGAAGUGGCUUUGCUUUCACUUUUAUGACACUGCCUGGCUGUGCUCCCGAUCGGUUGAUGGGCCCCGAGCUUGUAAGGGACUCUGUAAACCCUCACUCACACUUCCCAGAGGUGCUCAGAGCCCCGGAGCCGUCGCCCCUCUGAGCCCCCGGCCCUCCGAGUGGUGCUUGUGUUUUGGCUGGCCUUCCGUUCCUGUAACAUUUCUGGAGGCCCCAGUGAGAUUCAACCGUGCCGGCCCCUUGAGCCGCUGGACUGGUGGUUCUGGCCAAUCAGGGGAUAAGACUCCGGCGACGAAUGAGGUGGCGCUACUCAGCGGUAUUACAGGUUCUCUUCUGUGGCGGCAGCUCACCCCCCGUGAGGCUAGACCUCAGCCAGACUCGGUGGAGGGACAGACAGACUCACCAGGCAGCCAACCGGACAAGGAAUCGUCCCAUGGAUUCAUCACCCCAGGAUUAAGCCGGUGGCCCCACCCCAGGCAGAAGGCCCCUGGAGAGCUGAGAGCGUCCCGGGAGACCCAGUCAGGCUGACGAUCUGGAGAGCCCAGGAGAGAGACUGCAGGCCCUGCUCUAGCCGCAGCCGGAGGCUGGCUGGUCAGCGCACGGCCGAAGCUUGAGGAGAGGCUGCCGGACGUACCCCCCCCGUGCCCCCUUGCCCCUCUCCUCACUUGCCGUAUUGGCCCGCCUGCUAGCGGUGGGCUGGCCAGCGCUGCUCCCCCUGACUGGCGCAUAGGCCGGAAGGUCCGGACAGCCCUCUGUACCUUGUCACAACUAGCUCUCUCUCCACGGCAGCAUGGCUGAGACAGUCACCAGGCUGAUGGUACUGGUGCUAAUGCCUUCCCUUCCCUGGGCUUCGCGAUGCACCUGCGUUGAACCGGGUGACAGGUGGACCAAGUACCAACCUGUAUUCACAGCUUACACCUAUCAGCCGAGUCGAUGCUAUGACUCUGCCUCAGAGUGCACGUAUCAGGGCAGAUCCUACUGGACUGGCACGGUCAAGGCUUCCUCCGUCUCCGGCAUCAAGUGCUACGGCACACCCGGCAAGCCGGUGUGCUGGACCAAGCACACACACUACGGGAUGAGUGAUGGAGGAGGGGCACAGGACCAGGCACGCCGGCAGGCCGUCCAGCAAGCAGUCCGGAGGCUGCUCCAGAAGCGGUUGCCUGCCCGGGAGCCCGCAGGACUCCCGCCUUUAGCCGAGCCUCGGAAUCUAGCUCCGCGAGUAGCCGGGCUGUUGGCCGCGGUCCACGGAAUCCUUAAUCGUUCCAAUCCAAACCUGGCUAGGGACUGCUGGCUGUGCUUGCGUCCCGGCCCCGUCCAGCACCUGGCCCUGCCCGUGGCAAACCUCACGAAGGCCUUCACCACGACCGCCGGCGCCGCCGCCUCCGCCGCUGGGAGUCCCAGGCUGAACUGGGUGCGGCUCGCCUACAAGGCACCAGAGUGUUACUUCAACAACGGAACCAAUCCGUUAGGGGGCAGUCUGAGCACAAGGCAGUGUCACAGCACCUCUCCCUGUGCGGGCUGGGGCUGCCAGCCCACCCGGGGGUGGUGCGCUAAUAAUGGGGCUUACUUCGUGUGCGGCGAGUCUGCCUACCGCUGCCUUCCCGCGAACUGGACAGGGCUGUGUGCUCUCGCCUUCCUCUCCCCCCGGGUGGGCAUUCUGCCCAACAGCCAGAGCCUCCCUGUUCCGGCUGCAGCUCGCCAGCAGCCUCGGAGAGCGAAGCGGGCCGCGCAGCGAAUCCCGUUGCUCGUGGGGCUGGGAGUGGCGACGGGGGCGGGCACGGGGAUCGGGGGCAUAACCCCACCCUCUCAUCACUAUUAUCAGCUCUCAGGGGAGUUCAGUCAGGACUUCCGGCGAGUCGCAGAAACCCUGGGGGCUCUGCAGAGUCAGACUGACUCCCUGGCCGAGGUGGUCUUACAGAACAGGAGGGGUCCCGGCCUGCUCUCGGCCAGAGAGGGGGGACUGUGCCUCUUCCUAAACGGAGAAUGCUGUUUCUAUGCCAACCAGUCAGGGGUCGUCAGAAAGGUGGUCCAAGAGUUACGGGACUGAGCGGAACGGAGGAAAUAUAUUUCGGGCACGGGCCUGUGGACAGGCCCCUGGGGCUGGGCCUCCUGGCCGGCAUCGCUCAUGAGCCCCCUGCUCCUGGUCGGUGCAGCUCUGCUGUUUGGGCCCUGAAUCUUAAACUUCCUGACCCGUUCCGUCAGCGAACGGAUGGAGGCGAUAAAGCUCCAGAUGUUAGCUUCCCAUUAUGAGCCUCUGCACCAGAUGGAGGAUGGUGCCUGCUCCACCCUGGGCUGUGAGAGCAUCAAGAAGGGGGAUUGAGAAGGAAAAGGUGGGCCUGGCCAGGCUGGGGCCGGGCCAGCUCAUGGACAUUGAGUCUCGCCUUGCUGGACCGGUUUUGGGUUACUGGGGAUGACUUUGCUUCCCCUGUUAUGACACUGCCUGGCUGUACCCGCCCUGUUGGCUGAUGGGCCCCAAGCUUGUAAGCGACCCUGCGACCCCUCCCUCACACUUCCCGGAGGUGCUCAGAGCCCGAGCUCGCCGGCCCCCCGAGUGGAGCUUGUGUCUUGGCUGGCCUGCCGUUCCUGUAACAUUUCGGCUUGUUCUUUAUGGCUGUGAUGCUUUUACUGGAAUAAAAAAGAAUGAGAAUUC